AUGGCUUUAUGGGAGAAAGAAAAUUUCGGGUUCGUUGAUGGAUCUCUUACCAAACCAACUUCCACUAACGACUUGCACGCUUGGGAAAGAUGUAACGACUUGGUCGGCAGUUGGAUUCUGAAAUCGGUGAUACCAGAAAUCAAGGCUAGUAUCAUGUAUAAUGAUGAUGCUCAAGCUAUUUGGAAAGAUUUGCGAGAUCGAUUUUCGCACACAAAUGCUCCCAAAAUAUUUCAGCUCAAAAAGGUCAUCAUGUCUCUAAGACAAGAUGCUCUAACCGUCUCUGAAUAUUACACUCAGUUGAAAGCUCUGUGGGAUGAACUUAGUUCGCUCACUCCUAUUGAACCAUGUAUCCAUAGUAACGGAAAGUCUAUGGUAAGUAAACUUCAUAAAGAUCGAGUCAUGGAAUUUUUACAAGGUUUCCAUGACCGUUUUUCAUCCAUUCGUAGUCAGAUCUUAUUGAUGGACCCUUUCCAUGCUAUUGUCAAGAUAUAUUCUCUAGUUCGUAAGGAAGAGAAUCAGCAGGAACUCAACUUUUCUUCUGUUCCUGCAAUCAAAUCAGCAGCUCUCCAUGUUGGGAAACAAGACCGUAGCCCUACUGUACAACAAAAUAUUCGUCAUCCUCCAACUGAUAAAGGGCGUCCAUUCUGCGGUCAUUAUAACAAAGUUGGACACGCUAGAGCUACUUGUUAUAAGCUACAUGAAUAUCCAUCACGGGACUCACGCCAAAGGGAUAAUCAAGCUACUUUUGUUGUUGUGCAAGAUGGUGAUCCACAACAUGGAUCUCAAGUUCUCGCACAAACUAUCACUCAUGAACAGUACAAUCGACGACGCUUGUUGAACCUUCAUCUGGUCCGUCAAGCCAUGAAAUAA